GUAACUGCUGUCAUAUCAGGAAGCGUUGUCUUAUUAUUUUUGUGUGACUUUGGAGAAGAAAGAGAAAGCAAGCAGUCUCAUACUGACAGGAGACAUUAUUUGUUUUGUUUGUAGUUUUAGCGAUAGCAACUCUGCGGCGUAUUUUAGCAAAGACUACCAAAUUGUUCAGUAGCCUAUACUUUGAUGCAUCGUGAGCUGGUCAGUUUAGUAUCACAGCUAGCUGCGCCAGUGAGUUUCACAACAGAAGUACACACAGCUAGCUAGCAUAGCUGGCUGCGCUAUCAUGAGAGCUGCCAAAAGCUAGCUAGCAUCUCAUGUUGACGUUAUCUAUCUACCCAGUCACAACCUUGUCUCCAGUGCAUUGUGCACUCUAGUGACCACAAUGGCAUUUUGACAACUACUUUUGUUUUUUUGAAUCGUUGUGUUUUGAUGCUGCUGAUGGGGAGGACUGUCCGACACCAGUGUCAGCCCGGGGAACUAUUAUGUUAGGUUUUGAAUAACAAGCCAAGUUGAAGUUACUGUUUAUAUUUUGUUGACAAGGACACUUUCAGUUGUCAGCUAACAGACUGGUUAGCUGGAGUGUUUGAAAAUGGAAUUUGAUUAUCAGAACGACUAAAAGACACAUUGAUAUAUGCAGCAAAAUGACUCCAGACUCAUGGUGUGAACGCUGACCCCUCCACUCUCUAACUCUCCCCUUCCAACAACAACUCAUAAUGUUGGAGGGACUUGUUGCCUGGGUACUGAAUACAUACCUUGGCAAAUAUGUCAGUAACUUGAACACUGACCAGCUCUCCAUCGCCCUUCUGAAAGGGGCGGUGGAGCUGGAAAAUCUACCCUUGCGGAAGGAUGCUCUGAGGGAGUUUGAUUUGCCCUUUGAGGUCAAAGCAGGCUUCAUUGGGAAGAUCACCCUGCAGAUCCCAUUCUACCGGCCGCACAGUGAGCCAUGGGUCAUCUCCAUGUCGCAGCUGAACCUGAUUAUUGGGCCCGCCCGCCCUCAGGAAUUUGACGAGGAAGAGGAGAAGGAGGCGGAGCGAGAGCGCAAGAAACAGCUGCUCAAGGCACUGGAGGACAAGUGGAAGAGCGAGUGUGAGCAGAAAGGGGAAUCAUACUGGUACUCGGUCACUGCCUCGGUGGUCACCAGAAUAGUGGAAAACAUUGAGUUAAACAUUGAAGGUGUUCAUCUAAGAUUUGAAGAUAACUAUUCCAACCCAGAGAAACCAUUUGCAUUUGGAGUGUGCAUCAAGAAUGUCUCUGCUCAGAAUUCACCCUCAGAACGGGCUCAGAAGCUCAUGCGACAGAAGCAGCUGGAGAUCGAGGACUUCAGCGUCUACUGGGAUACCAGCAGCACCAUGCUAGGUGACCUGCCCACUACUGAGAUUCAGGAGACCAUGACCGAAUGCAUGCAGAGCCGAGAGCACCAGUACAUCUUCGAGCCUGUGUGUGCCUCCGUGCUGCUGCGGAGGAACGCGUCCAAAGAACCGCUCCGCUCCCGCCACACCCCUCGCAUCCACGGCCAAGUGCAGCUAGAGCCCCUGGCUCUCAAGCUGUCCCAGGUUCAGUACCAGCAGAUCAUGGCCUUCUUGAAGGAGCUGGACCGCAGGGAGAGGGAAAUGCUGUUUCGCAAAUGGAGGCCUAAAGUCCCCAUCACAGGAAACUGCCGACAGUGGUGGAUGUUUGCCAUCAACGCCAACCUGAGCACCAUCCGGGAGCAGAGACGGCGCCAUAACUGGAACUUCGCUCUGCAUAGGGCACGGGAUGCCCUACUCUACACUACUCUUUAUGUCCAGCGGCUUAAGGGCCUCCCUCUGAGCCCGCAGCAGGAGGACGAACUAGACAGGAUGGAGGAGGAGCAGACCCUGGAGGAGCUGCAGAGCCUGAGAGAGAUCGUCCACGACCGGUUCCGUAAACAGGAGGAGAUUGCAGAGAGUUUAAGAGAGCCCAUCUCAGAUCCGGGUUGCUCAUCUCCGACGGGCUCCAUACCCAAGAGUGGGAGCUCUGGGAUGAUCCAGUACCUGCAGUCCUGGUUCCCUGGCUGGGGAGGCUGGUACGGAGACUCGCAGGGCCCAGAAAGCGGGCCAGACGGUCAGGGAAUAGCUCCAGAUGACCUUCUGCCAGGCCCUGGCUCAUGGGAUAUACUAGCUGACCCAGAUGAGCUGUUUGACCCAUUGGAAGAUUCCCAGACUCUCAACACUUUCACAAGGAGGGAUCAUCUCUUUGCCCGGCUGGACUUUUUGCUCGAGAAGGCCUCUGUGACACUCUUACAUCAAGAAAAGACCGCUUUGGCAUCUAAAGAAAGUGGUGUCAUUCAACUGGAAUUUUCAGGUGUCAAGAUUGGUGUGGAGUCUCUUCCCCGCUCUGAGUCCUCCUGUCUCACUGUCAAGCUGGGAGGCCUGUUUCUGAGAGACCUGACCACCCAUGACACAAUCUUCCCUGUCCUUGUCUCUCCUAAAACAGAUAAAGUUGUUGUGGCCAUAAAUCAACCUUUUGGACAGCCUUCAAGUACAGAUUCAGCUCCCAGCGCGGAGUCCUCGGCUGCUCCUGUCUUUGAGAUGAUAUAUGAACGCAACCCCGUCAGAUGUAAAUACGAGCGGCGAUUAGAGGUCAACACCAGCCCUCUAAACAUCAUUUAUAACCCCCAGGCCAUUAAAAAGGUGGCCGACUUUUUCUACAAAGGCAGGGUACAUACCUCAGGGUUUGGAUACCAGUCAGAGUUGGAGCUGAGAGUAGCAGAGGCUGCCAGACGGCAGUACAACAAGCUGAAGAUGCAAACCAAAGCAGAAAUCAGGCAGACUAUUGAUCAGCUGCUUGUCGGCGAGUUCAUUGAGAACGGCAAACGAUGGACAAUGAAGCUGGAUAUAUGUGCCCCACAAGUGAUCUUUCCUGAUGACUUUCAGUCAGGAGAUCCCAUGUUGGUGGUUGUUGAUCUUGGUCGCAUCCUCCUGACUAAUUCACAAGAGGAUUCAAAACCAAAAGUGAAGAUUACACAGUCAGAUGGAGAUGACUUGAGUGAUGAGGAGUAUCAGACGCCGCUAGCGACGCCACCAGAGUCCCCUCCCCCAGAACCAGAAGCUGAGUUCAAAGACCGCGUCAAGAGCCCAGAACUGCCCAGUUUCUCGUCACCCGAAGCUGCCCAGGCCUACAGCAGGAAACUGUACGAAAAGUACUCCCUGUCCUUCAAAGACCUUCAGGUCAUGGUGGGCCGCUACAAGGACAACUGGAAGCACCUGCAGGAGAACGAAGUCGGCCCGACACACGUGGUGGAGAAGUUCAACGUGCUGCUGCAGCUUGAGCAGAGGCUCCGCUACACCUCGGACCCCCAGCUACCCGGAGCGGUUCUCUCAGGGACCCUCCCCGACCUCAAGGUGCACAUCAACCUGGAGAAGAUGACCGCACUGAGGAGCUGCCUGACUCGCCUGGGCAGCACGACAGCCGAGGAGGAGAAGGGCUACAGCAAGGGAGAGAGCCUCAAGUCUCCUGACCCUUUGACACUGCGUCACGAGAAGAUCUUUCAGAGGGAGGACAGCUCCUGGAAACUGCAGGGGUCUGCUAAAAACCUCACUCAGAGUGUAAUGACCCUGGAGCAGCAUACGAGGGAAGUAUUGGUGGAAUCCAGGCUGCUUUUAGCAGAGUUCAACAUCAACUAUAUGCAGCUGGGUGUUGAGAGUGGUGGGCGGUAUAUCUCUGUGCUGAAAGUCUUUGGCACAAACGCCCAUUUUGUAAAACGGCCUUACGAUGCUGAGGUGUCCCUCACGGUUCACGGGCUCCUUCUGGUGGACACCCUACAAACCUAUGGGUCGGACUUUGACCUUUUGGUGGCCUCUCACAAGCACCUAAGUUUUGAUGUGCCUACCGGUAGUCUCCGAGAGAGCCAGCCGACGUCCCCUGUCUCUCCUGAUGGAAGGUCCCCCGAGCCUUCAGACCUCCAUCGGGAGUCAUCGGGAUUGCCUUUUGAGAAAGUGUCUCCCAUGAGUUCCUUUUUCAAGGACCAGGAGGCGCUCAUAAAACUGGAGUACCAGUUUGUUAGCUCAGACUGCCCCUCUAUGAACCUGGACAGCUCCCUUCAGGUGACCUCCAUGCAGGUGAAUAACUUGGAUAUCAUUCUUAAUCCAGAAACCAUGGUGGAAUUGCUCAAGUUCCUCCAGCAGUCAUUCCCAAAGGAAGAAAGCACAUGUUCGCCCUCGACACAACAAAUAUCACCACUGCCUAAUGGAGAGGGCCAAGACGAAACCUUUCAGUCCACUUAUGAGCAAAACAUCGAGUUCACCGUGGAGAUUCACCGAUUGAACCUAUUGCUGCUACGGACAGUCUCUACAGGUACUGUUCUGGGUGGAGAAAAGAAAGGCAUGAAAAUAGCAACUGCCAGUAUCAAUGGAACUAAAGUCAACGUUUCCAUGGGAAGCAGAUUGGAUGUCAAUGGCUCGCUUGGGUGCAUUCAAUUGGUGGACCUAACUCAGGAAGGUGGUAGAGGCCAGUUUGUGGUCAGUAUUGGGAAUGUAGAAGAGAUUCCUACUUCCGAGAGUAUGGCUUUCUUCUCCAAUCCAGGAAUGGCGCCAUCAGAAGCUCUAAAUUUCCGUCUUCUGGAGAAGUCUCAAGGGGAGUGCUCCUUACAGCUCCAGAUGGCUUCCUUGCACUACAACCACUCAGCUAAAUUCCUGAAAGAGCUCAGUCUAUCAGCCAAUGAGGUGGAGGACAACUUCCGCUCUAUGCUGAAGACCGCUGCUUCUAAAGUAUCCACGGUGCUCGCAAACAAAACUGCUGAGUAUACUGGAAUGGUGUCUCUCUUUGAAACCCCAUCCAGGAGAUCCAGAACUCAAAGUCAGAGUAACUGGCAGCUGGAUCCCUUUGAUGAUGAGGAAGAUUUAACACUGCCAGAGGAAGAGCCAAGCUUGGAUUCUUUUUUGGUGAAGCUAACAUUAAACAUCAGCAUUGAGUCACCUGUUGUGUCCAUUCCCAGAAAACCUGGUCACUCAGAGCUUCUUGUCGGACAUCUUGGGAGUAUAACAAUCCAGAAUUUCAUAGCAGGACAGGACUCCGAAGGGGAACGAUUACAAGUGGAAGUGAAAGACAUCAGGCUGUACUCGCUCAACACCUGUCACCUGAUGCAACGAAAGGGACUGCGAAGUGAUGUCUGCUCCAACUCUAGUUUCUCUCCAUCACAUAACGAAAGUCUCAAUCAGGAUGAGCCCCAGUUCACUCGACAUGACUUCUUUGAGGUACUAAGUAGGGGAAAAGCAUUCCAUAUUUUGAAAGACACCACCAUACAGUUCACCCUGGAGAAGGUCCCCAUAGACGUAGACAGCCAGUUCACCUAUCUGUCUUGUGAUGACUCAUUUCAUAGCACUGGAUUACUCAGAGUGGAGGGCAAAUUUGUCAACGCUGUCCAGGUUUGUCUGUGCAAGCCAGUUUAUGAGCAGGUUCUCCAGACUCUGGAUAACCUCUCACUUAUCGAAGACCAGCGGGCAACACCGAGCCAGCCACCAACCCCACCCCCUCCUACCCCAUCUUCCACCAAGCCACACCGCUUCCCAGACCCCCAGGGGGGGCUUUUUGCACGUGACCCUCCCCACAUGAACCUGUCUUACUCCUCUUUGUCCUCCUCCCUCUCCACCCCGCUCCCUCUCCAGAACCACAGUCCUCCACUACAGCCGCCUUCGUUCACCCAGGUGAGGGCCACCUUCUGCGUGGCCGAGCUCCAGGUGCAGCUCAGCGCUGACCUCUCCCAAGGCUCCCAGGGUUUGGUCAGCCUCCGGUUCCAGGACCUGGAGGGGGAGUUCACCAAAGACCACCCUCACGUGCUUUCAGUCCAGCUCGCUCUGCGCUCCUUGCUCAUGGAGGAUCUGCUAGAACAGAACCCCGAAUCCAAGCACAAGCACCUCAUCGUGUCCCGAGGGGCCCCCAAACCUUCCACCUUCACCCCCAAGGAGUACCUCUCCCAGUCCUGCCCCUCCUCGUCCAACGCUCUGUACCCCGAAAUGCCCCGCUCACUGCCAGCCCACAUGGAGGAGGCUCAAAAUGUCUUCCAGUUCUACCAGAGGCACCCCAGCGCACCUUCGCCCGCCACCCGCAAGAAGAAGGACCCCACCUGCCCCAGCACACCCCCACCUUCCCCGUCGCGGAACACCCCCUCUCCGCACCCUCUGCCAGAUUUCGACGAAUCGCUGGUGCACAUCAACGUGCUGAUGGUGGACAAGCGUCACCCGGAGUUCCAGACUCGCUACGGGAGCAUCGGGCGCAGCAUUGACGUCGACUUCAACUGCCUGGACGUGCUCAUCACCCUGCAGACCUGGGUGGUGAUCUUGGACUUCUUUGGGAUUGGCUCCACAGCUAACAACCACGCUGUGAAGCUGCCGCCCAACUCUCCCCAGCCGAUGCCAGGGCACCCCUUGGACAAUGACUCCCCCAGUGACCUGACGGAUAUCUACCCUGAGAUUAAUGAAGAGGAACUGGAGGAUAGGGUGAACACCAAGCUUGAUCUUAAGGUCCACGCAUUGUCUCUUGUGCUCAACAAGAAAACAACUGAGCUUGCAAAAGCCAGUGUCUCCAAAUUGUUCACUCACAUGGAAAUGAUUGAUGGAGAUCUGGCCCUGCAGGGCAGUCUGGGCAGCCUGUCUCUGAGUGACUUAACCCCUCAUGGAGAUCUCUACAGAGAGCGUUUCACAACGCGGGGCGGAGAGGCUCUCGUCUACAACAUCCACAAGUAUGGUGAGCCUGAUCCAUAUCUGCAUCGGGAGUGCGACAUCAAGGUGUCUCUCCAGAUGGCCUCGGUGCAGUACGUUCACACCCAGCGCUUCCAGGCAGAAGUGGUGGCCUUCAUCCAGCACUUCACCCAGCUCCAGGACGUCCUGGGCAGGCAGAGGGCUGCGGUCGAGGGCCAGGCGGUGCGUGAGCGUCCCCAGCGAGCAUCGCGCGUGCUGCUGGACAUCGAGGCAGGCGCGCCGGUGCUGCUGAUCCCCGAGAGCUCGCGCUCGCCCCGCCUGAUCGUGGCCAACCUGGGCCAGCUGCGCGUGCACAACAGCUUCCUGUCCGCGGGCACCCAUGGCACCUUCUCUCUCAGAGACAAGGUAGAGAAACUUACCAUGGCACAUGCCUUUUUCCCCUCUCUGAAUUUGAUAUUGCAUGCAAAUUCAUACAAGGACCCAGCCUACUAUAAGGACCGUGUAAAGAGCACUCCGCCAGCAGGGGGCGCCAGUAAGCUUAGUGAGGAGGAGUCUGCAGAGAAGGGGAAAUCCUCCAGCAGCUCAGCCUCGGCCUCUACCUCAGGCUCAGGCUCAGGCCCCGGCCCCAGCUCAGGGUUCACCCUGGGCCGCCCGCAGGCUGCCAAAGGGAGGAUGCCCGACGUAGACAUCUCCCUAAACCCAGAGGAGCAUGUGUGCCUGUUGGACUGCAUCUCUCUGGACCUGCAGGAGAUGGACAUCUUCUCAGCGGAGCGUCUUCCGUGCGAGCCGUGGGACAGUGCGGGCAAGCGGCCGGACACUGACUUGUUUUUCACCUCCUACACGGUGCGGCGCAGCGGGAGCAGUCUGCUGCAGGAACGCUGCCACCUACGGCUCAAGGUGGAGCGCAACCUGGACAGGGAGUUAAGUCACGCGGUACCCGACAUGUCCAUCCACGGCAGCCUGUCGUCGGUCCACUGUUCUCUGGACCUGGAGCGGUACCAGCUGAUCCGCGGCCUGCUGGAACUGAACCUGGGCGAGCCCGUGGAGGAGUUCCUGCGGCCGUACAACCUGCAGGACCCCAGCAACUACACGGUGCUGAGUGGUGAUGUGUAUACCAGCCUCUCCUUCCUGGUGGACAUGAUGAACGUCAGUCUGGAGCUGUUGGACAGCCCCAAAUCCACCGGGCACAAAAAGUCUCUAGCCAGGUUUGACUUCAUGAAGUCCAAGCUGCUCUUUGAGACGUUCUCCAACGGCUCCAAGUCGGUGAACCUGGUGUCCCACUCUCUGCUGGCCUACGACACGCGCUACGGCGGCUCCACGGCGAGGCCGAGCGGCAGCGAGAGCAAGCACAACGUGUUCGACUGCAUCCUGCAGCCCUCCAAGACCGGCAGCAACCGGGCCUCCCUGCAGCUGGAGCUGCACUACAGGUCAACACGGGACUCCUCCUGCUUCACCGUGGUGCUGAACAACCUGCGUGUGUUCCUCAUCUUUGAUUGGCUGCAGCUGGUGCGGGACUUCCUGCGCAUGCCUGUGGAGAAGGGCUCGGCGCCGCCACGGCAACGCUGGCCCAGUGGUGGGAGCGACUCCAGUGGCACGAGCGGUGCAGUCAUGCCCAAAACGGUCAAAAGUGGCGUGGUGACCAAGAGGUCCACAGUGCCCGUCACUCAGGACCGUUACCUGGAGGUCAAGAUCAAUGUUACAGGAACUGAGUUUGUGGUAGUGGAAGAUUCCUCCUGUCUGGACACUAACGCCAUCAUUCUGAAAGGCACCACUGUACUGACCUACAAGCCUCGUUUUCUGGAUCGACCCUUUUCUGGUAGCCUAGCUGGCAUUGAGGUGUUCUCAUGUCGACUGGGUAGUGAGCAGGAGACGGCCUUGUCCAUCAUCGACCCGGUGAACGUACAGAUGGAGCUGUGUGGCAGUCCCACCUACCAGAGCAGCUCUGGCCUGCUCGACGCCUUCAACAUCGAGGACUUCCCCCCGCUUCUGGAGAUCCAGUUCCCAGCCCUGGACAUCCGCCUGUCCUAUAACGACGUGCAGCUCUUCUUGGCUAUUGCCAAGUCCCUUCCCUCCGCUGGCUCCCCCAGUCCCAGUGACCCGGCCGCUGCCUCCCUGCCCGGCACGUCCACCGCUACCACUGACCCCCCUGCCAAGCCAAAGGACUCCUUCAGGCACAAAACUGAGAUGCUGCUGGAGGGUCAGCUGAAUCGCCUACAAGACCUGGGCUUCAGGAAGGAGGAUUGCAAACGGGCUCUCAUCCACUGCAAAGGCCAGCUGGACCAGGCAGCAACGUGGCUCCUGGAGAACGCUGAGAGCACGCUGGGGCGGGUGCGGGACGACUCGGACCCCAGCAGCCACUCGGCGCCGCCGCUCUCGGGCAUCGAGGUGAAGGCCGAGAGUGUGUGCAUCUGCUUCAUCGACGACUGCCUGGACUGCGACGUCCCACUGGCUGAGCUCACCUUCUCACGGCUGUAUGUGCUCCAGAGGAUCGGCUCGACGCAGGAGGGCAACGCCAGCUUCACCCUGUCUGGAGAUUACUACAACAGAGAGCUGUCAGGCUGGGAGCCCUUCAUCGUUGAGCCCUGGCUGUGUGCUUCCACCUGGCAGCAGCAGGCGGCCGGCCGUCUCCAUCCCCCGCGCCUCAAGCUCGGGGUGCGAGCCAAGCAGAGGCUGGACGUCAACAUCACCUCCGUCCUGCUGGAGCAGUACAGCACCACCAAGACGUCCUGGCUGGCCGAUUACUGCAAGGAGGAAGACGCGCCUGCUCCUCAGAGCUCGGCCUCUGUUUCCUGGAUGGGCUCCUCUGUGGAUCCCCCCUCUUUUGGCCAGAGUGUUCCUCUUGCCCACCUUAGAACUAGAAGCACUGCCAGCUUGACUUGCCUCGAGCAGCAGAUUCAUGCACGAGCGGACGUCAAGCUGUCCAAGAGGAGGCAGCCUUUCAUCCCUUAUGCCCUGAGGAACCACACCGGCUGCACCAUGUGGUUCGCCACGCUCACCACCACACCUACCAGGGUGGCGCUGUCCCACAGCGGCAGCGUGGACUCCAUCUCUGAUGUGCAGGGCCCCGGCACGGAUGACACGCACAACGUGAGCCAGUGGAGAGAGGUGCUUCCUGGAGAGGAGAUCCCCUUCGAGUUCGAGGCCCGGGAGAAACUCAGACACAGGCACACCCAUGAACUGAAGCUGCACCAGCUCCUGGUCCGUGUUGGGGGCUGGGAGCAGGUCAAGCCUGUCUCCGUGGACAAAGUCGGGGUGUUUUUCCGCUACGCCAACCCUGACCGCAACAACCCGUCAAACACAGUGGGCAGCCCAAUCAGCAGAACCAACAUUAUACACCCACACGUUUAUUUCUCAGCUCUGCCCCCUGUGCGGGUGGUCUUCUCCAUCACCAUGGAGGGCAGUGCUCGUAAGGUCAUCACGGUGCAGUCUGCACUCACUGUCAAGAACCGGCUGGAGGUGCCCAUGGAGGUCCGCCUGGACAGCCCCUCAGCUCCAGACAAGCCUGUGGUGCUGCCGCCUAUCCUUCCCGGCCAGGCCAUGGCCAUCCCGCUGCACCUGACCUCCUGGAGGCUGCAGGCGCGGCCCAAAGGCCUGGGCCUCUUCUUCUGCAAGGUGCCCAUCCACUGGACCACCGUGGAGCGGCCCGGCGAGGUCAGCAGCAGCAAGAGGGAGUGCCAGUCGGCCGACUUCGACGACCAGCUCAAGCGUAGCUUCAGGUUCUGUGUGGUCAUUAAGAAGGAGAACUACCCUGACCAGAAGCCUGCUAAGACUGUGGCCGGUGGUGCCAAGCAGAUCUACCGUCAGCCUGGCCACACCAUCUACCUGCUGCCCACACUCGUACUGGCCAACCUGCUGCCCUGCGACCUCAACUACUACAUCAAGGGCACCACCAUCAAGGGCACCAUGAAGCCGGGCAAAGAGGCCGUGCUGCACGCCGCAGACACCUCUCAGAACAUGGAGCUGGGUGUUCUCCUGGAGAACUUCCCUGUGUGCAAGGAGCUGCUGAUCCCCCCCGGUACUCAGAACUACGUGGUCCGCAUGCGUCUGUAUGACGCCAACAGGCGCCUCCUGUGUCUGACUAUCCGCAUCAUCCUCAGGGCCCAGGGAGCGCUCAAGAUCCUCAUCUCCUCCCCGUACUGGCUCAUCAACAAGACCGGGCUCCCCCUCAUCUUCAGACAGGACAACACUAAAGCGGACGCGUCGGGACAGUUUGAGGAGCAUGAGAUGGCCCGCAGCCUCAGCCCACUGCUCUUCUGCUACACCGACAAGGAGCAGCCCAACAUGUGCACCAUGCGGAUAGGGAAAAACAUCCACCCUGACGGUGUCCCUGGCUGGUGUCAGGGUUUCUCUCUGGACGGAGGCAGCGGUGUGAGAGCCGUCAAGGUGAUCCAACACGGCCUCAGACCCGGACUCAUCUACAACAUAGGCAUUAACGUGCGGAAAGGGAAAGGCCGUUAUCGCGACACCCACAUUGUGACAUUUGCACCGCGCUACCUGCUCGACAAUCGGUCCUCGCACAAGCUGGCUUUUUCGCAGAGGGAGUUUGCCAGAGGAAAGGGCACGACCAACCCAGAGGGCUACAUCUCCACACUGCCCGGCUCCAGCGUGGUGUUCCACUGGCCCAGGAACGACUACGACCAGCUGCUGUGCGUGCGGCUCAUGGACAACACCAACUGCACCUGGUCCGGCGGCUUCGAGGUCAACAAGCCCAAGUCUUUUCACGUCAACAUGAGGGACACACUGGGAAACUGUUUCUUCCUCCGGGCGGAGAUCAGCCUCAAAGGAGCCACCUACCAGAUCUCUUUCAGCGACACCGACCACCUGCCUCCACCCUUCCGUGUAGACAACAUCUCUGAUGUGCCCAUCCAGUUCUGGCAGCACGGCGUGGCCGACAUCCGGCUGCACACGGAGGUAAAGGCGGGGUCAGAACUGGACUACGCCUGCGACGAGCCCACACUGCCCCCCUACCUCACGCUCACUGUCAAGGGUGCCGGCUCGUCCGAGGUCUCCGCAGACAUGAACUUCUUCCGCGAGUACAACAAGCUCUACUACGAGAACUUCAUCUACAUCGCCGCCACAUACACAUUCUCCCAGGACGCAGGGAAGAGGCCUGUGGGGAAGAAGCGUGUGGUGGGCUGUGCUGAGCUGGUGCUGGACGUGGAACCAAAGACACAGAGGGUCAUCCUCAAGAAGAAGGAGCCAGGGAAGCGUUCCCAGCUCUGGAGGAUGACUGGCACAGGGAUGCUCUGCCACGAAGGCUCCUCCCCCCCACAGAGCAAACCCGCCCAGCCCCCCCUGGACUCCUCCCUGGUCCUGGACAUCGCCGGUUUGGCUGCCGUCACAGAUAACAGCUAUGAGCCGCUGAUGUUGAGAAGGCCAGACUCCAGACGCAGCACCACCCAGACGUGGCACUUCAGCGAUGGCAUGCUAACCUGUGGCCUCCCCCGACUGGUGGUGCAGGUGAAGGGUGGUGUGUCGGGGCUGUUUGACGGGGCAGAGGUGGUGCUGGGGCCCGACUCAGGCCUGAUGGCCCCAACCCCAGAGCAGCAGUUCAUCAACCAGAAGAUGAGGCCUGGCUCCGGGGUCCUCUCCGUGCAAGUCGUCCCUGAUGGACCCACCAGAGUCCUGCAGAUAAGUGACUUCAAUCAUCGUCGCAUGAACCGGCCAUCCAGCACCGAGGAGAACCAAACCAAAGAGGUCACGGAGAAGAAGGCCCCCGAGGAGGAGCUGGAGGUGCUGGUGAGCCUUGAGGAUGGCGUCGGAGUGUCUCUGGUGAAUAAGGUCCCUGAGGAGCUGGUCUUUGCCACGCUGUCGGGCAUCGACGUCCACUUCACUCGCACCGCUGGGAGCCAGGUGCUGGAGAUGAGCGUGCAGAAGAUUCAGGUGGAUAACCAGCUACUGGGCACCACUCAACCAGUCAUGAUGUGUAUGACCCCUGCCUCCACCGAGAGCAACAUUACCGACUCGGGCCCUGCUCUCCAGGUCAACGCCGUCAAAGUCCCCAGCAACCUCAUGCUCACUGACCUCUUCAAGCAUCUGAUGGUCACUGCCCGGAGGUUCACCGUCAUCAUCGAGGAGAAGCUCCUGCUGAAGCUGCUAAGCUUUUUUGGAUAUGGCCAAACUGAAGAGAUGGAGAAGCUGGAUGAGAACCUGUAUGAGAAGACUAGUGAGGACACGGGGACUCCUAAGCGCUACUACUUUGAAAACCUGAAGAUCAGCCUCCCUCAGGUCAAACUCAGUGUGUUCACCUCCCACAAACUUCCUCCAGACCUCAAGGCACUGAAGGGCACCUUGGGCAUCCCCCUGAUCCGGUUCGAGGACGCCAUCAUCAACAUGUACCCAUAUACCCGCGUGCACCCGUACGAGACGCAGGAGAUCAUCAUCAAUGACAUCCUGAAGCACUUUAGAGAGGAGCUGAUCAGCCAGGCGGCUCAGAUCCUGGGCUCGGUGGACUUCCUGGGCAACCCCAUGGGCCUGCUGAACGACGUGACCGAGGGCGUGUCCGAGCUCAUCAAGUACGGCAACGUGGGCGGCCUCAUCCGCAACGUCACCCACGGGGUCUCCAACUCAGCGGCCAAGUUUGCGGGAACCUUAUCCGAUGGGCUUGGGAAAACGAUGGACCAUCGACACCAAAGUGAAAGAGAGUACAUCCGUUACCAUGGCGCCACCAGUGGAGAACAUCUAGUGGCUGGGAUCCAUGGCCUGGCACAUGGCAUCAUCGGGGGCUUGACCAGCGUCAUCACCUCCACCGUGGAGGGUGUGAAGACCGAGGGCGGAGUCAGCGGCUUUUUCUCAGGCCUGGGGAAGGGGCUGGUCGGUACGGUGACCAAGCCUGUUGCUGGGGCACUGGACUUUGCCUCGGAGACAGCACAGACUGUGAGGGACAUGGCCAGCCUUAGCAACCACAGGCUGAGUGUGCUGCGGGUGAGGAAGCCGCGCUGCUGUAAGGGUCCUCAGGGUCUGCUGCCGCGCUUCUCGUCCACUCAAGCCGACGGACAGGAGCAGCUCUUCUUCCUCACCGACAACAUCCACUCCGAGUUCUUCAUUGCCGUGGAGCCCAUCGACACCUACUGCGUGCUCAUCUCCUCCAAGGUGGUGUACUUCCUGAAACCAGGCGAGUUCGUGGACCGGGAGGCCAUCUUCCUGGAGGUGAAGUACGACGACCUGUACCACUGCCUGGUGUCCAGGGACCACGGGAAGGUGUACGUGCAGCUCACCAAGAAGGCAGAGAGCACCAGCAGUGGGGUGGCCAUCCCAGGGCCGUCACAUCAGAAGCCCAUGGUUCACGUGAAGAGCGAGAGCCUGGCUGUGAAAAUCUCCCAAGAAAUCAACUACGCCAAGAGCCUUUACUACGAGCAGCAGCUAAUGCUGCCGCCCAGCGACAACGAGGACAGCCUGCUGCUGGACUCCUAACCACCACCCCCCC